CCGCUGCCUGUUUACGGCAGCUGCAUCUGUGACUGGGAGUGGUGGAAGCUGAGGAAGUUGCCAGCAUGGCGUUUACACUGUACUCUCUCAUCCAGACUGCUAUUCUGUGCACAAAUGCCGUCGCCGUGUUGCACGAGGAGAGGUUUCUCAGCAAGAUCGGCUGGGGUGUUGAACAUGGAGUUGGAGGUUUUGGGGAUGACCCAGGAGUCAAAGCCCAGGUCCUCAACCUCAUCCGUUCGGUCCGGACUGUCAUGAGAGUGCCUUUAAUAAUAGUGAACACAGCCUGCAUCGUCCUGCUGUUGCUGUUUGGUUGACCGUCAGCCGGCAGUUCAAAAAGUACCAAAAUGAAGCCAGAGGAGCAGACGCAUGCAGCAAGGAACAACUACACACACAUGCUGUCAUUUAAAGACUUCUGUCUUUGCCCGUCGUCAGCAGGCUGGGAACUGCUUUCCUCAAUGGCUGGAAGGAGAAAAGAAAUUUCAAAAAAUCCAUUUCCGAACUGUGGAUGUUCAUAUGCAAACAAAAAGGGAGAAUUCAGUCGCCACCUGGUCCAAAAAUAUGGCUUCUGUUUGUCCCAAACCUCCCUCCCUGUGUUGACACCAAAAGGACUUAAGAGAUAAUUCUCUGGUCAUCCCAUAAUAGUGUUUUUGUCUUUUUUUUUCUUUUUUUUUUUUAACCACAUGAUGU